UCAAGGUCUUUAUUUAGUCGGCAAGGCCCGAGGAUCGCAUCUCUUCAUGAAUCGUGUCCUCUCCCUCGAUCGACUAAUUCGAUGUAUCUCCAAAGUCUCCUGUAGUCACCUGGAAGAAGGAAUCCGACAUUGCUCCUUCUGCUCACCAUUAUGUUGGCUCUGGCGGAAUCCAAAAAAAGUGUAGUGUGAAUCAGCCGACCGAGCUCCGGCCCGCUUCUAAUCCACUGAUAAGUACUUAAACUUAGUGCCAGUGAUUUCUACCCAGCCUCCUCCUCUCAAUCACCUCUCAUCAUGGCACCCGUCACACAGAUCAUGUACUUCAAGACCUCUUCGUCUUUCCUCCAGGAUCCCUCUCGGUUGAUUACUGAGCUUGCAAACAAAAGCGGAACCAAAAUUGAAGGGCUUACAAAGGCAUACCUUGGGUUCGAGACCGAGGAUCCAAGCAACGCAUUCUGGGUCUUCGAGUGGACUUCCAAGGCUGUACAUGACGCAUAUCGUCAGACAGAGACAUUCAAGGCUACACAAGUAGCUUCUCAACAAGUCUUUGCGAGUAAACCUACCCACACAUAUGCCGGGUUUUCCAACACUAGCCCAAUCUUUUCCGCUCCUGUGACGGAAUUCGUCACUUUCACUCUCAAGAGGGGUGUCAGUAUGACCGCGCUUCAGCCCCUCGUCAAACAACUUCAGGCCAAGCUUCAGGGAACACCAAAGUUCUACGGCUCGAGCUGGGCGCCUGUCGUUGAUAAGCCCAACGUAGUUCACGGCGUGUUGGGAUGGCAGACUGUGCAGGCACACUGGGAUGCUGUAAGCUCAGGUCCCCUCAAGGAGAUCAUUGAUGAAGUGAAGAAGGUUGCUGACAUUUGGCUCGUCCACGCCAAACUGACGCGAUACAAUUUGUGAACUCGAUGAUCGAACGAUCUGUAUUGAACUAAACUUUGUCGUUGUUGUGUAGGAAGAUAUUUUGAAGUCAUAAAAUACGAACAAUCUUGUAUAUUCCCGAGGAAUAUUUUGGCAAACGU